AAAAAAGAUCAAAAGUCAUAAACCAGAGAGGAGAAACCUUCUGAACAGCUCUUAGAGAAAUCCAAAAGAACUCAAGCUGAAACGGUGAAACUGAAAAGGAUUCAGAAGGAGUUACAAGCUCUGGAUGACAUGGUGUCUGCUGACAUCGGCAUCCUGCGGAACCGCAUCGACCAGGCCAGCCUGGAGUACUCCUAUGCCAGGAAGCGAUAUGAUAAAGCCGAGUCGGAGUACGUGGCAGCCAAGCUGGACCUCCAGCACAAGACAGAGAUCAAGGAGCACCUCACAGAGCACCUGUGCACCAUCAUCCAGCAGAACGAGCUCCGCAAGGCCAGGAAGCUGGAGGAGUUAAUGCAGCAGCUGGACGUGGAGGCAGAUGAGGAAAAUCUGGAACUCGAGAUAGAGGUGGAGCGGAUGCUGCAGCAGCAGGAGGCAGAGGCAGGGGGACAAGCCAGCCAGUAACACAGCCACACUGGGAUGGCCAAGGAGAGCCCCACUGCCACUGUUACUGUGCAGGAGGGUGAGCACACUAACCAUGCUGUCCCUGCUCCUGCCAUUUCUGGACAGUCUCCAAACUCCAGUACCAAAUCCCUCUCCAAUGUGGACAGCCAAACUCAAGCAGUAAAUGUGCCUUCAGGGAGUUCCCCAGCUUGUUCUGCUACAUGACUGCUGCAUGCAGAGUGGUCAUGGAUGAUGUACUCUGCAGGCUUGUGGCUGUGUGUUAUAUCUGGGCUUCA